AUGGCAAACCCCAGUGACCUCCCCGUGAUCAAUUUCAACUCAUUGAACGAGAAAGAUGCACAGGGUCAGCGCACAUCAGCCUCACUCAGCGAACGACACCAUCUCUUCCUUUCCCUGCGCGACACUGGUUUUGCAUAUCUCAAACACCCCGGAGUCAAUCAAACCACCGUCGAUGAACUAUUCUCUCAUUCUAGACGCUUCUUCGCCAAGUCACUGGAGGAAAAGAUGGAGAUCCUGGGAAAGAUGGACAAAGGUCGCGGUCCAAGCCAGGGUUACUCGAAUCCUCUCCAACUAGCCCACAACCCCAAGACGUCGGACUUGAAGGAAUUCUUCGGCAUGUAUCGCGACGACGAUAUCGAGAAGCCCAACCAGUGGUUGGAAGACGCCGAGUCGCGUGCAAUGCGUGCGGAUCUCGUCCGUUUCUUUGACUCGUGCCACGGCGUCAUUCUCGAGCUGCUGAGCGCUGUCGCUGAGGAGGUCGGACUGCCCCCGGAGACUUUCCACUCUUUCAUUGGCGAGAAAAAUCAUUUCAUCGCUUGCCUGCAUUAUCCCGCUACGGAGCGCGAGUCAUUCCAGACUCGGGUGCGCUCCGCCCCUCACACGGACUAUGGAUGUAUGACUUUGCUGUUUAACGAUUCCGGAGAGGGAUUGCAAGUGCUUUGCAACACUGGCGAAUAUGAAUACGUCCCACGGAAAGAUGAUUGCGCUGUGCUAAACGUCGGAGAUCUCCUCUCCCGCUUCUUCAACGGUGCCCUGCCUUCGACCAUGCAUCGGGUCGUGGAGCCUCCCGCCACGAGAAGCAGCGACCCCCAGGUCGAAAUUGUACCGGAUCGUUAUGCCAUUGCAUUCUUUGGACACUUCAAUCUCGACCUCCUCAUCAAGCCGCUGGACGCACUGGUGUCGGCCACGAACCCGGCCAAGUUCGAAUCUGUUGUUGCGGGUGAGCACGUGAAAGCGCGUGUGAAGCAGUUGCAUGUUGCUGGCCAUAGUCUUAAGGAGGAGAAGGGAAGUGAGAGUCGGGUGCCAAGUGUUUCUGCUUAA